CUCCAUUAUCAUUCCACAGUGGCAACGGCAAAGCAUUAUGGCUUGUUUUUCACGGAAGAAGCCACAGGCUGUUUAAUUUGUGAUGUUCUUUUGAAUGAUACUUUGGAAAGACGUCUGGUGGCCAAAAAAACAUAAUAUGUGCACUAGUAGAUUCGAAAUGCUUGACGACCUUGAACUCAAAGAAAAAUAGAAUAUGACAUACUGAAAACCCCCACCCUACCCAAAUUGACCACGUUAGUGUGUCAAAGUGACGUUUCACAUUUCAAUUUCAAUAAUUUCCUCUAUUAUUUGUACAACGAACUACAGUACCGCUGUAUUAGAGAAAGUAGCAAUUAAAAUAUGAAAAAUAUUUAAAGAAGAAAGUUUAUUGCGUAAAGUGGUACAUUAUAUUAAAACAGAUCAAAAUGAGUGAUACUACCUCUCCACCGAGCUCAAAUCCCAGAACUUUGAAUAUAGAAGCCCUAAAAGCCCAUGUACUAUCUCACAAGAUAGAUUGUGCUCUGUGGGCUAUAAGAAUACUAUCUUUAUUUUUUGCAUUAGGAUACUUAAUACCUAUCUUUGGGAGCGCAUAUAAUUUUUAUUACAAGGUAUUAAUAGCAAAUGCAGCAAUAAGUGCAUUGAGGUUGCACCAGAGAUUAGGAAGAGUGAGCCUGAGCAGGGAAUUUUUGGCCCAAUUGUUGACAGAAGAUAGUUGCCAUUACCUUUUCUACUCUUUGAUCUUUCUAUAUGUACCACCAUUUAUGUUGGUGUUGAUACCAGUAGUACUUUUCUGCCUGUUACAUUCUGCAAGCUACUCACUUACACUACUAGAUACUUUAGGUCAAAACUCAUGGUGGGUGGCACGUCUGCUCAUUUCACUGGUGGAAUUUCAAUCUUUGAAUAUUCUAAGAACUGUGGCUUUCACAGAAAUCAUUCUUAUGCCUUACACAGUCUUGCUGAUUUUAAUCGGUCGCGCCAGCUUGCUCACCCCGUUCAUCUACUAUCACUUCCUGGUGCAAAGAUACACUUCGCGUCGCAACCCAUACUCGAAGAACAUGUUCCGCGAACUAAGGAUGUACUUCGAACAUUUCUCCUCGAAACCUUCUACACCCGGAUUUGUGAAGCAAGCGAUCACCGCAGGCAUCAAUUUCACGUGCAAAUUGGCCCCUGCACAAAUACAGGUGCAAUCGCCUCAGUGAAAAACAAAUUGAAUAUAGGUUUAGCUAUUUUUUUCUUUUUAGGUUUAGAUGGUGGCUAUGAGAAGAGAUUUCGAAUUUGGUUUAUUUUGUAAUUUUUUGUCAGUACGAUUUUAUGGUUAACGUGCAAUAAUUGGUAAGACGUUGUUCAUACUUGCCACUAUAACUAUACAGUGUAUGUCACCUCUAAAAGCUGAAAGGUAUAUAAAACCAGCAUACUUCCAAUUGAAGUAUCACGAUCUCCAAAAUACGAAAUGUUUCAUUGAGAAAAUAAAGGGUGUGCUGGAAAUUGGGACUUUACCAAGGUCAUUUGCGACAAAUUAACACCGAAAACGUAAAAAACACACCGAAGAAAAAUACUCGCUAUUCAUUUAUUAAGCUUGUUAAAUUUUCAACAUUUGGGGCUGUCUUAGGUCUUCAACUGUGUUCUACCAUACGAUUUUGCACGAUAUAAACAAACACAUGCGGCUCUGAUGGGAAGAAACAUCGAGCACGACGCCGACGUUUUGAGUACACUCGCGGAGUAUUAAUAGGACCUUGAAGAUGUUCAUAUUGCUUUUUGAAUAUAAAUAAUAUCUCGGUUAUCUCAAAGCUGGUAUACAUAUAUAUAUAUUACUAGAAAACAUGCUUAUUAUUACCUGAUCUACGCUCUGUUAAAGUCCCAACUUUGAGGACACCCUGUAUAUCAGUAAUAUGGCACAGAGCGUUUGAAAUUGAUUGAAUAACAGUAAGUUUCGAUUCCGUCAAAAUGCUGUAAAUCUGAAUGCAUAGAAAGUCAUUACUUUGCCUUUCUUUUUGCUAUUACUGUGUUACUAUUAUUGCAUGUUAACUGUAGUAAAUUUCGAAAGAUCUGUUGUUUUUUUUUUUCGAUUUUCGGAUGUUCGUGUAUUGAACAAUCAGUAAUUGGAUAGAUAAUAUAUGGGCAUAUCUAACAGCAAACAUAACAGCGGUAUUUGGUAGGUUUGAAUUUGAAAAAUAUAUAAGGUAUAACUUAAUGAAUUAUGGUUUAUUUCGUAAUAUAAUGUAUUAUAUAUAACUAUAACCAAUUUUCAGAUCAAAAAAUUACAUGGGCAUGAUUUUUUAAAACAUCGUCACAAUUUUAAAAUAAUAUUCAGCACAAUGCGCAAGCCUACCAAUUUAUUAAAGAAUUGUCUUUAUAACGGCAUUUUUAAACAAAGCAUUCCAAUGUAUCUGCACAGUGUUGACUUACAUACUAUUGUGGUUUCCCAGAGAGUUACUUGAAAACCUCAGUUUUCUGAUUUUUCCAUCAGGAGUCAAAUUUUAUGUUCAUUAUAAAUCUAAAAUAAUAGAAACAGCUUUUUUAUUUUUUUUUUGCCAAAUGUAUGGAUUUUCAGCGGUAUUUUUUUAAAUACUAUUGUGAUAUAUUCUAUUAAAAUAUCCUAUUCCCACCAAUUCUGACACAAUACUGUCAUUGUUUUUACCCCAUUUUCUAAUAUUUAUAAUGUCGCAUGCGUAUAUUGGGUCAUCAUAGGCCAACACCGGGGUUGGCCAACAUUGGCGCUGAAUGAUAGAAAUAUACCAUAUUGGCACGACAAUUGGCUCCAGUGUGUUAAUGCGACAUAAAUUGUUUUACGCAGAUACUUGAGACAACAUUAUUUUAGAGGUUUUCCAUUAAGGACUUGACAACUUUCUCGAAAAUUUUAUUAUGGAAUUCGAACGUACGUCGGUUCAUAUGAUCGAACGGCUUUCAUUUUUGAGUUAACUUGAUCUUAUAAGGGUUCAAGCCAAGAUGUCUUCGCAAAAUUCGCCAUAGUGUGGUCUGAGCGAUGCCCAAUUCUUGAGAACGAAGUGGAAUCGACGUGUUCUGUUCGUUUGUGACGGAAGUCUGAACGGCAGCAAUAUUAUCGGCACUUCGACCAACCCAAUGUCUCACUGGCACUGGCACGGGAACAUCCAGCAGCGAAUAAGGAUUCAAUUUUUUUUUACUAGACUAUGAAUUGCUUGUCUACUGGGACCAGAUUUACGACCAAAAAUUGGAGUUAACGCCCUUAAAGUUGCAGUCACCGACUCGGAAUUUCGGUAGUAAAUUUUAAUUAUUUGUUAGCGUUGUUCGAUCAUGUACUUCACCAUGAUAAAAAUGUUUUCUUUAGUGACAUUGACAGUUCGGUAAUUGAUUUAAAGGUGCGUUCACAGUGGAAGUUCAAAGUUGCCAAGUCCCUAUUGGAAAACCCGAUAUUUUUUAACCUAAUUGAAACAGGCGUAAAACCACAUAAAAGAAUUUUGAUGGAUUGACGUUACGAAAAUGGCGUUAGGCCAUUUGAAUUAUUGGGGGACAUCUAAACCACCUUUGACGAGAAUACAUAUCUAAACUAAAGACAUACUGAAGUAUUGAAGCCUAUUGGUAUAAAGUGUGACACAUAUGACAGUAACCAUAACUUGGUGAUUAUGCGGUUUCAAUUAGGAAUAGAAACACUCAAGUUAUAGAGCUUCAUAUUCAUUUACCUGCCACUUGUUACAUGAGUGUUGCAUAUAUGUAUCAUCUCACACACACACACUGUGUUGAAUGUUAACAUUUGGCCACCAAAUAUAAUUGCAAAAUCAUUCAUCAAAAAAUGCAAAAUCAAUGUAUACAUCAAAAAAUGUGUGAACAGUAUUGUUACAAUAUACUUUAUUAGCACACCUUUAUAAUACAUCAAUGUAUCCACACGUAUUGAUCGACCAGCCAAAGAUUGCUAGGGACGAAAGGGGGAAAUGCGAUGAAAAAACCUUACCAUUAGACGAUUUUAUAUGGAGUCAUAGGCGGAGAUCGGAGAGACUUGAAUUAUUAAUUGAAUUUAUAUUUUAUUACAACUGGUAGUAUUAAUAUUUUUUUGCGAUUCAUAAUGACGUGAUACCAAACAUACAUUAUAAGAAAUAAAUAUACACAAACACUGAAUAUUGAGAACAAAAUAAAUAUAUUUUUUAGGCAACAAGUAAUAUUCCUAUGUACGCAUUAUGAUUGAACAGCAAAACAAAUUAUGCAUUCUUCUAAAAUAGAAUACAACAAGUCAAAAAUAUCUGACUGAAUAGAAAAAUAUAGGAAAACAAAAAGUAAUUUCUUGAUGAAAUAACCCAUAAACAACACAUAGAAUUAGACUUUCUACUGAGAUACUAAAAGCCA